UUAACUGCUAAAUUGCUCAAAAGCCGCGUUUGUUUGAAAGCAGGGGGCGGUCCUGUGGAAAUCGGGCCCCGCCGGUGUCUGCCCGCCACCGUCCUGCGUGGGGGAAGGCGCCACUGCCAUGCGGGGGGGCCCCGGGCGGGAGCACCAUGCCCUUCCUACACGGCUUCCGCAGGAUCAUCUUCGAGUACCAGCCCCUGGUGGACGAGAUCCUGGGGCUGCUGGCGCUGCAGGAUGCCAGGCAGAGCGCGCUUGAGAGCCCUGCCUGCCUGGGCAGCGACAGGAGCCAGCUCUCAGCCAUGAGACGAGUUCUGGAGCGGGAGACCCACUCCCCGUUCUACCAGGAAGGCGUGAGCUAUGCCCUGCUGAAGGUCACCGAGCUGGGGCUCGUCGCCGCCGCAGAAAUCCUCCUGGAGUUCGGCGCCGACCUCAGCUUUGAAGACCCCGUUACCUACUACACCCCGCUGCACAUCGCGGUGCUCCGCAACCAGCCGGACGUGGUGGAGCUGCUGGUGCGCCACGGGGCGGACAUCAACCGCAGAGACCGGAUCCAUGAGAGCAGUCCCCUCGAUCUGGCCAGCGAGGAGCCCGAGCGGCUGUCGUGCCUCCAGAGGCUGCUUCAGCUGGGGGCUGACGUCAACGCAGCCGACAAAAACGGAAAGACAGCGUUGCUGCACGCCCUGGCCAGCAGCGACGGCGUCCAGAUCCACAACACCGAGAGCAUCCGUCUCCUGCUGGAAGGAGGUGCGGACGUCAGGGCCACCACCAAAGACGGCGACACCGUCUUCACCUACGUCAUCUUCCUGCUGGGCGAGGCGGCGUGCAGCAGCACGGAGGAGGCGCGGGUGACAAACCGCUUCUGCUUCCGUGUCACCCAGCUGCUGCUGGCCCACGGGGCCAACCCCAGCGAGUGCCCGGCCCCCGAGUCCCUCACCCAUCUCUGCCUCAGCAACUUCAAGCACCACUUCCCGCUCCUGCGCUUCCUCCUCGAGUCGGGCGCUGCCUACAACUGCUGCCUCCACGGGCCCGCCUGCUGGUCGGGCUUCCAGGUCGUCUUCGAGUGCCUCUGCUCUCACCUCAGUGUCUCCGAAGAUGACAGCUUCUACGCGGACCUCAUGCAGAAGGCUCAGACUCUGCUGGAGCUCAUGAUGGCCAGCUCACAAACCGUCCAGCUGCCCAGCAACUUUGAGGUCAACACCAGCAGCUGCAGGUGCCACGGGGAAAAGAUCAGGACUCUCUUCUGCUCCCUGAAGCAGCUGGAGCACAGCCCCCAGGCACUGAAACAUCUCUGCAGGGUGUUUAUCCGGCAGCGCCUUAAGCCUUGGCCAGUAGAUGUUAAAAUCAAGGCUCUACCUCUUCCGGACAGGCUGAAGUGGUACCUCCUCAUCGACCACGCUGCUGUCGGGCACGAGGACCUCUGAGCCUGGCUGGUGCCUCUCCGUGUCCCCUCUCCACGGUCGCGGUGCCCGUGGCCAGCCAGCAGAUCGCUGAUCUGCACCAGUUGUCCCCGCAGCGAGAGGUGCUGCCCUCCCCGUGCCCACGGGGCCUCUCGGCUGUAUUUCAGGGCCGCGCUUCUCUGUGCACGGUGCCGGACGCACGUCCGGGGAGGCUCUGCAAUGAACACGUGCUUGUUUUUAUUUAAUUUCACACCAGAAGGAGCCCAGGGGUACUCCUGGGGCACGCUGUGGGGAGGUGGCCCUCUGCGGGUGAAGAGGGCGGCUGGAAUUCGGGGAGAUGGACGUGGGGGGGGGGGGGAGAGGUUUGUGUGGCUAUUAAAUGAGGGGCUGGCGGGGCGGUGUGACUGCACAGGUCCCCUCCUUCCAGCCCUGCUCUGGGGUGGGCGAAGCAGUGCCUUGGACGAGUGGCAGAGCUCUGAGACGCCUCGGGGUGCCCAGAGAAGAGUCGUUGCCUGUCCCGGGGGCUGAGCAGCAGCACGGGGAGGUGCCAAGAGCAGCCAGAGCCCCAGGGGAGUGCUGGCAUCCAGUUCUGUGCCUCCUGCUCUGUUGGGGGAAGCAGCUGCGAUGGAGGCAGGUCCUGCCUCUGUGCCUCGACGCGGUGCUUUCCUCGCUCACCCGGGCUCGGAGAGGAUGAGGGGAGCAGGGCUGGCAGCAGCAGCCCGGCUGUUCAGCGCCCUCAGAGCUUCUGCCAAGAGCACUCGAUGCUCUCAGCACAGGGAACCAUCCUCCAACGUGUCCUGGAGGCGCUGGGCUCCAAGACAAGCAGACAGGUGGCUGUUCCUUGGUGCGUUCUGUGCGCAAGGAGGAGGAAUGGGCAGCUGACUGCUCGGUGCCUUGCUCCUCCCUGGGCCUUUUACACGCUCCUUUCCCUGGCUGACGGCAUGCGGCACGCUGAGCUCCAGCACCUCCUGCCCAGGAACAAAAAAUCACAGCAGAGCUCGGGGUUUUCUUGCCAGGCUGCUGGAGAAAGCCCCGACCUUUGGAACUGUGCACGAAGGGGCCGUGUCCCAGCCUGCCACAGCUGUCUGGCAGCUCCUAGGCAUCUGCUUCCCUGUGAAGACCAAAAGAGGCCGUGGAGCUGAGCCUUGCCCCCGCCGGAACAGAUGCAGAAGAGGAAGGAAAUGUCCUGUGGGCAGGUAUUUACAGCGAGCAGAGCUGGGACCUGCAGGCGGUCUGGCUGCAGAAGGGGGGUGUCUCCCCACGCCGCCCUCCUGUUCUUCCCCUCCUCCCACCCUGUGCAAUCGGAGCUGUGCAUCUUGAGGAACUGAUGUUUAAAAAACACAACGAAAAUGUGAAAUCCUCCCCCCCCCCCCCCCCGCUGCCUGGAAUUGAAAACGAGCAAUUAAACAAGGCCUUUUGUAAUAGCAGCAA